AUCUGUUUUCAUAUAGUUGAUCAGCAUGGCUAGGCAUCUGUGUGCGCUGAUGCGCCGGCCUGUUUGGCGCCGGCCUCUUCUGACUCCAUCGGUCGCCCUCCCGACUAGAAGAAUUCAGCCUCAAUUGCGAUCAAUUGCGACUCCCCUCGCUCCUCGCUCGCUUAGCACAACCGCCAUCGCUCAAGCUGAAGCAUUGAACUCCCAACAAGGCGCUCCCUCAAUCAAUUUCUCUGAGAUUGAGACCGAGACCGAGAAGCGGACACCGCAGACCUUGACAGAGAAGAUCGUCCAGCGCUAUGCAGUCGGUCUCCCUGAAGGAAAGUUCGUCCGUAGCGGAGACUACAUCAGCCUUGCACCCCAGUACUGCAUGACUCACGAUAACUCGUGGCCCGUUGCCACCAAGUUCAUGUCCAUGGGAGCUACACAGGUUCACAACCGCAAGCAGAUCGUCAUGACCCUUGACCACGAUGUCCAAAAUACCAGCGAAGCGAACCUCAAGAAAUACAAGCAAAUCGAGACAUUUGCGGCACAGCAUGGCAUUGACUUCUACCCUGCGGGCCGAGGUAUUGGACACCAGGUCAUGGUUGAAGAGGGAUAUGCGUGGCCAGGAACCAUGGCUGUUGCCUCUGAUAGCCACAGCAACCACUACGGUGGUGUUGGUUGCCUUGGUACCGCUGUUGUGCGCACAGAUGCUGCUAGUAUCUGGGCCACUUCGCGCACAUGGUGGCAGAUUCCGCCCGUUGCGCGGGUCACACUCACCGGAACCCUUCCAGUGGGCGUGACCGGUAAGGACGUGAUUGUCGCGCUGUGUGGACUGUUUAACAGCGACGUCCUCAACCAUGCAAUUGAGUUCACCGGUUCCGAAGAAACCAUGUCAAGCCUUCGGGUGGAUAGCCGAAUGACUAUUGCCAAUAUGACAACCGAGUGGGGCGCGCUCACUGGUCUGUUCCCCAUCGACCGAACCCUAGAACGCUGGCUACGAUACAAGGCUACCGAGGCAGCUAUGCUUGAUGACCGGACAACUCGCGAACGUAUUACCCAUGAGCGUGUCGACGAGCUGUUCGCCAACCCCCUCAAGGCUGACCCCGAUGCUCAAUACGCUAAGCAGCUCUACCUCAACCUUUCCACCCUCUCGCCUUAUGUCUCAGGACCCAACUCAGUCAAGGUCGCCACCCCAUUGAAUGAGCUCGUCCAGCAGAACAUCAAGGUGAACCGCGCGUACAUCGUCUCUUGUACCAACUCACGUGCUUCCGAUAUCGCAGCCGCCGCUAAAGUCUUCAAGGACGCCGCCAAGGAGAACAAUGAUGUGAUCCCCAAGAUUGCCGAUGGUGUUCAACUGUACAUUGCUGCAGCUUCCGCCCCCGAACAGGAAGCCGCCGAGGCUGCUGGUGACUGGCAGGCUCUGCUCGACGCCGGUGCGCAGCCACUGCCUGCUGGUUGCGGACCGUGUAUUGGUCUAGGAAAGGGCCUCUUGGAGCCCGGCGAGGUUGGAAUCAGUGCCAGCAACCGUAACUUCAAGGGACGUAUGGGCUCGCGCGACGCCAAGGCAUACCUGGCCAGUCCCGAAGUCGUGGCUGCCAGUGCCCUCAGUGGUCUUAUCUCUGGCCCCGGUGCCUACCAGGUGCCCGAGGGCUGGUCCGGCGUGGAGCAUGGAUUCGGCACUGGUGCCGAACCCUCUACCGAGAGCGCCUUAGACAACAUGAUCCAGCAGAUGGAAUCCCUGAUCGACCGUGUCGAGUCAUCCGCCGGAGGUGAAGAGAAGGCUGCCACCGAGAUUCUCCCUGGCUUCCCCGAGAAGAUCAGCGGCGAGAUCGUCUUCUGCGACAUGGACAAUCUCGACACCGAUAACAUCUACCCUGGAAAGUUGACAUACCAAGACAACGUCUCGAAGGAGGAUAUGGCGCUCGCCUGCAUGAUGAACUACGACCCUAACUUCAAAGAGAUCGCCAAGCCCAACGACAUCCUUGUCUCCGGUUUCAACUUCGGCUGUGGCUCCUCCCGAGAGCAGGCCGCCACCGCCAUCCUGGCUAAGAAGAUUCCCCUUGUCGUGGCUGGUAGCUUCGGCAACAUCUUCUCCCGAAACAGUAUCAACAACGCGCUUAUGGGGCUGGAAGUCCCGCGUCUUGUUGAGCGUCUACGUGCUACCUUUGCUGACUCUGAGCGCCAAUCGACCCGCCGGACUGGUUGGACCCUGACCUGGGACGUGAAGCGUAGCUCCGUUGAGGUGCGCGAGGGAGAGAAUGGAGAGAGCUGGACUGAGCAGGUCGGCGAGCUACCCGCCAAUGUGCAGGCCAUUAUUGCGGCUGGUGGACUCGAGGCUUGGGUCAAGGACGAGGUUAAGAAGGCGGCGACCAAGUCGUCCUAA